AACACAUGCAGGUGUGCAGGACCUUCCCUGGGGAGAACUACAUCGCUGAUUAGGAUUGGGGACGGACGCAGGGACGGGGACUAUAAGAGCGGACAGGAUUCUGCCCCAGCUACACUGUGCAACGAUGAAGGUCUUCCUGCUGUUUGGAUUGGUGGCAUUGGCCCUGGCCGAGGUCACACGCUUUGCGGGGGAGAAGGUGCUGCGCCUGAAGCCCGUGAUGGACGAACACGUCGUGCUCAUUAGGGAGCUGGCUGCCAGCAUCGAGGUCGACUUCUGGAGCCCCGACAGCGCUGAGAUGGUGACCAUCGACAUUGAUGUGGACAUCCACGUGCCGGCCGCCUACCUGGACCUGGUCAGCACCAUGCUGCAGCAGAGCGACAUGGAGACCGAGGUGCUGAUUGAGGACCUCCAGGUCAGCAUCGAUGCCCAGACCGGCCCCACUCCCAGGACCCACAGCUACACCAACUACAACAGCUGGGACAAGGUCCAGUCUUGGAUUGCCGCCAUCUCCACCUCCAACUCUGCACUGAUCAGCAAGCAGUCGAUCGGCAGCACCUACGAGGGACGCCCCAUGACGCUGCUCAAGCUCGGCAAGAAGUCCAGUGUCACCAAGCCCGCCAUCUUCAUGGACUGUGGCAUCCACGCCAGAGAGUGGAUUUCUCCUGCUUUCUGCCAGUGGUUUGUGAAAGAGGCCCUGUCCACCUACGGAAGUGACUCCCAGAUGACCAGCCUGCUGGACCAGAUGGACGUGUACGUCCUGCCCGUCUUCAACAUCGACGGCUACGACUACACCCACAAGAGUAACAGGAUGUGGAGGAAGACCCGUUCCAGGACCUCGGGAACCAGCUGCCUCGGGACCGAUCCCAACAGGAACUGGAAUGCGGGCUGGUGCACAACCGGAGCCUAGGAACCCUGCAGUGAAACCUUCUGUGGCUCCAAGGUCGAGUCUGAGGUGGAGGUCAGGAACGUGGCCGAUUUCCUCCGCAGGAACAAGGCAGACAUCAAGGCCUACCUGACCAUCCACUCCUACUCCCAGCUCGUGCUCUUCCCUUACUCCUACACCUACGACCUGGCUGCAGACCACAGUGAGCUGCUGAAGGUGGCUGAGGGCGCCUCGUCCGCUCUGCGCGGUCUGUACGGUACUCGCUACACCAGCGGCCCCGGAGCGGCCACCAUCUACCCUGCGGCCGGAGGCUCAGAUGACUACGCGUACGACAUCGGGGUGAAGUACUCGUUCACCUUCGAGCUGCGCGACACCGGCCGCUACGGGUUCCUGCUGCCCGCGUCCCAGAUCAAGCCCACCUGCAUGGAGACCAUGCUGGCCAUCAAGUACAUCGCCGCCCAUGUGCAGGAGAACCUGUACUAGGAGAGGACCCCCGCCCCCCAGCCCCUCUCCCCCCCCCCCCCCAGCCCCUCUCCCUCCUCUCUCCCUGCCAACCCAGCUCUUCUAUCUCUUUUCCAGAGAGCCCACCCUCCAUCCCUUCACUCUCACAGCAACCCCCCCCCCCCCCCCCCCCCCCCCCCAAACCCCGCCUCCUCCAGCCCUGUGUCCAUGGUUACGGGGCACCACCCGCCAUGUUUCCUCACUGUGCUUGACAGGAUGUCAGGAUGAGUGCAAACAAUAAAAUCAAUGAGCCAUCCCCA